CGUUUAUUGCCAACAGUCGGAUGGGUCGCUGGUUUAUCGCGGGGCGGGGCUCGCUGUUUUUUCGUGCCGUGUUGGUUGUGGCGGAUCUGUGACGGUGUGGAGGUUCUUCUUAAACCACCGUGUCUCUGAACCGAACCUGGGCUUCAAAACAACACCGUCACCUCUCUCCACAGCUGCAGCCUUUGACGGUCUUUCAUCGCUUCCGUUCCGUAAACAUUCAAGACCAUGGCGGAGCAGAACAUGGAGGCGAAGCUGAAGAACCUGCUAAAGCAGGAGAAGGUCCAGCUGUGGAGUCCUCCGUACACCGAUGAAGAUGACCAGCCGGGGCAGACGCACAUGCAGGAGCUGGCGCAGCGUUACGCUCCUCUGCUGAGUCUGUCAGCCACAGAGGUAGGGGGCGCUCUAGAGUCCAUCAGAGUUCAGGCGGUGAAGAGGGGGAAGAGAAACAAGAUGUUCAGAGAGACCAGCGUGGCCACGCUGGAACUGCUGCUGCCCAGAGACAGCAGGAAGCAGGUCUCCAAUUGUUUCCAGGACCCGAAGGGGAGGAGCUUCCUGCAGACGAGGCUGGACGUGCCGUUGCAGCAGUUGGUGGACAGGAUCAGGGAGGAGUUUGACCUUCAACACAUCAAGCUGAUCCUCAAUGGUAGAACUCUAUGCACAGAUCAGCGUCUGGACGAGCAGGGCGUGAAGAACCACAGUAAGGUGAUGGUGCUGAAGGUGAGCGACUCUGAGCAGAUGAGCAAGGAAGAGCAGGAGAAGAAGGAGCGAAACGAAAGCCUCCAGAGGGCCCAGAAAGGCUUCCAGAUCCUGUCUGAGAGAGAUGGCAGCGAGGAUCCAGAGUCCGUGCCAUACCUGGAGAUCGCAGACCAGAAGGGAAACCCGCUGACGAUCCCACACGACGAGAAGAAGGCGCUGAUCCUGGCCAUGGGUCUCCACGAGAGAGGCCGCGCUCUGAUGAAGAAGCAGCAGUACGACAGCGCUCUGUGUCACCUGCUGCAGGCCGACGAGCAGUUCAGUAAGUGCGGCUCGACGCUGCUGGCCUCGGUGGAUAACUUCUCCGUCCUGCAGCUGGACAUCGUGUGGUGCUACAGAGCUCUGGAGGCGCUGGGCUGCCUGGAGGACGGGCGCGGCCGGCUGCAGCGCGCCGAGGACGGCUUCCUGCGCUGUUACGGCGAGCAGCAGCAGAGGCUGCUCAGGAUCCAGGGGAGCUCUGGCCGAGAGGACGUCCUGUUCCUGCGCCUGUACCUCCUGCAGAGCCUGCUGUCCUACAUCGAGGGGAACGACGCCCAGGCGCGCCUGCAGCUGUCCAAGGUGGAGUCCCUGUACGGUCGCCUGUGUCCGGACUCGGAGAAGAUGGCUCAGCUGAUGGCGCUCGGCUUCACCGAGAGAGAAGCCCGGCUGGGACUGAGGGCGUGUCACGGAGAGCUGCAGGAGGCUGCCCAGUACAUCAGCAACCGCCAGCAGGAGCGGCAGGAGCUGAAACAGCGAGAGAGGCAGAAGAGGAGGAGCAGGAUGGAGGCCAUCUCCACCCUGACGGAGCUGGGAUACAACAGGAGAGACGCGGCCCGAGCCUUGCACCUCGCCGACGGGGACGUGGACAGAGCCUACAACAUCCUGCUGGACUCCAGUCAGGCCUCAAGCUCCAACAACAACCUGGAGGAGGGAGUCGGUCUGGAGAACAUCCAUCAGCUGCUCUACCUCGGCUUCCAGAGGGACUCGUCUGAAGCGGCUCUCAGGUUGGCGGGGGGGGACGUCCAGGCUGCGACUCAGCUGCUGCUGGACAACCAGGGCGUCCUCUCCUCAGAACUGCUGAGUCAGCCGCUCUCCUCGCCAUCGUCAGAGGAGCCCAGCACCUCCUCCACCACUCCAGAGGAGAGUGAGCUGGUCAAUGAGGUUCUGGAGGACAUCCCCCGCCACGAGGAGGAGUACCUGGACGUGACGCUGGAGGAAGAAGCCCAGCUUAUUGCCACCUUAAAGGCUUACCUGAACCCGGGACCUGUGCUCACCAUGUGACCCGUGCUUACCAUGUGACGGUCACAUGACCCGCUGUGUUCGGAACGCAUCAGCACUGUUCUGAUUCCAGCCUGAACCCACAAAUAAAUCCAGCAUUGAAGCAAGCCCUGAUCUUUU